AAGGGCCCCGAGGCUCCGCCCAGCACCAGGCUUUCCGGUCCCGGCCCGCGCAUCUCAGAACCAUGGACCCGGCGGUGGCCGCACAGGUGAGCGAGGCGGUGGCGGCGAAGAUGGUCCAGUACCGGCGAGACGCGUCCGGCUGGAAGAGUUGCCGGGAAGGCCAUGGAGUUUCAGUUUCCUGGAGGCCAUCUGUGGAGUUUGCAGGGAGCCUGUACCGAGGAGAGGGAGUUCUCUGUGGUACCCUAGAGGAGGUGUGGGACUGCAUAAAGCCAGCUGCUGGGGGCCUUCGAGAGAAAUGGGAUGAGAAUGUGACCAGUUUUGAAGUUAUCGAAAGCAUCACCGAUACAUUGUGCGUGAGCAGGACCUCCACACCCUCAGCCGCCAUGAAGCUUAUUUCUCCCAGGGACUUUGUGGACUUGGUGCUGGUCAAGAAAUAUGAGGAUGGCACCAUCAGCUCCAAUGCUACCCAUGUGGAACAUGCAUUGUGUCCCCCGAAGCCAGGAUUCGUGAGAGGAUUUAACCAUCCAUGUGGGUGCUUCUGCGAACCUCUGCCAGGGGAGCCCGGCAAGACCAGGGUGAUCACGUUCUUCCAGACCGACCUCAGCGGCUACCUGCCACAGAGCGUGGUGGACUCCUUCUUCCCACGCAGCAUGGCCUGCUUUUAUGCCAACCUUCAGAAAGCAGUGAAGCAGUUCCACAGUUGAGCUUUCACUUGAUUUUUUUUUUUUUUUUUUUGGUUUUUUUCCGGUACCAGGAAUCGAACUCACGACGUCGAGCUUGCCAGGCAGGCGCUGUGCUGCUGAGCUAAAUCCCCAGCCCCUGAGCUUUCACUUGAGAGGUGGUGGAGAUCGGCCCUGAUGCACGAGGAGUCCCAGUGGCUGGGAGAGCCUGAAGGCUGCCUUCUGCUCUUUGGGACACUUGGUGGGCAGCGAUUCUCUGAGUGCCAGCUGUGGGCAGCAGGUGCUCCUCCUUCCUCAGGGCUGGCAUGGGGAAGCUGUUCACUGCUCCAGCUCUACCUGGGAUCCAAGCAUACUGCUGCGGGGGAUCCAAGCCCAUACUGCUACCUGGGAUCCAAGCCCAGGCUGCGGGGGAGUUUGCACGGAGCCCUCCCUUUACCCUUCCAGGUGGAAACACUUCCCUGGGGUGAGCACAGCCCCGUCCCCACCUGGGAGGUCUGCAGAGACUCUUUGCCGAGGUGGAAAGCAUUCCCUUUCUGUUCCCGUCAGCUCAGCAUCCCAUUCGCACUGGUGAGAUCUUCACCUCCUGCCUCUCACCCGGGAAUCUCCAUGGGACACCGUGUUUGAUUAAAACUCAUUCAUUCCCAGUCA